GGUGUCCGUCACCUUCAUACUUAGAGUUUUCCGAGCUCUUUGCAUGUACUCGAACCAACUCGGCAGCCCCCACAACCCCCACAGAGGCGGCAAGCACUCAUCUGCAGGCUUUCUAGCUGCUCAUUGAUACCUCCUUCAUCGGUUUCAUUCAAAUCUCACUCUUAUAUACUUACAACAAUGUCUUCCCAACUUCCUGCCACAACCUCUUCAGGUUACAACACCCCCGACUCUGAAUUGGAGUCCAUCGUUCCAGUUCACCCGACUGCUGUUCGUCGCCCUGACUACAUAACCGUACAGUCCGAAAACACCGUGUACACUGACAAUCAUAUUACCGCCAAGUAUCUCUACCGCGGUGCUGAUGUAGUGGUCUCGGACGGCCAGUUCACCGUUACGCCCACUGUCAAACCUUACGAGUUCCAGACCGUCCGUAACGUUGGCAAAACUGGACUUAUGAUGAUCGGUAUGGGAGGCAAUAAUGGUUCCACCCUCUGCGCGACCAUCCUCGCAAACAGGCACCACAUGUCCUGGCACACCAAGGAAGGUGUUCAGCAGCCUAACUACAUCGGCUCUGUCCUCCGUGCAUCCACUGUUCGCAUUGGUACCGAGCCGGGCACUGGUAAGGAAGUCCACGUCCCAAUUUCUGAUGUGCUUCCUAUGGUACACCCCAAUGACCUUGUUCUUGGCGGCUGGGACAUUUCCGGUCUGCCAAUGGACAAGGCGAUGGAACGUGCCAAGGUACUCGACUAUGAUCUUCAGCGCCAAGUUAAGCCCCAUAUGGCUCUCCUUGCUAGCCCUCUUCCUUCCAUCUACUAUCCCGACUUCAUUGCUGCCAACCAGGAGGCCCGUGCAGACAAUGUCGUACCUGGCACUGACAAGCAGGCUCAUCUCGAGCACAUUCGGGCUGACAUUCGCCGCUUCAAGGCCGAGAACCAGCUUGACCGUGCCAUUAUAUUCUGGACGGCGAACACGGAGCGUUACAGCGACCUCAUCCCCGGUGUCAACGACACGGCUGACAACCUCCUUGCUUCAAUCAAGAACUCGCACUCAGAGGUGUCUCCCUCGACAGUCUUUGCUGUCGCUGCCAUUCUCGAGGGCGAGCCAUUCAUUAACGGUGCUCCCCAGAACACUUUCGUGCCUGGUGUCAUUGCCUUGGCCGAGCGCGAGAAAUCUUUCAUUGGUGGUGAUGACCUGAAGUCUGGUCAGACCAAACUGAAAUCCGUGCUCGCCGAGUUCCUCGUAAACGCUGGUAUCAAACCGCUCUCUAUUGCGUCAUACAACCAUCUUGGAAACAACGAUGGGCACAAUUUGAGCGCAGAGCCGCAGUUUAAGAGCAAGGAAAUCAGCAAGAGCAGUGUGGUGGAUGACAUGGUGGACGCCAACCGUUUGCUUUACAAGCCUCCUGUUCCAGGCGCGAAGGGCAAGGCGGCCAAGGGUGAGCACCCUGAUCACAUUGUUGUGAUCAAGUACGUGCCUGCAGUCGGUGACUCCAAGAGGGCGAUCGAUGAGUACUACUCUGAGAUCUUCUGUGGCGGGAGACAGACCAUCAACAUCUUCAACGAGUGCGAGGACUCUUUGCUCGCGACACCAUUGAUCCUCGACUUGACCAUUCUCACUGAGUUGCUUACUCGUGUCAAGUACCGCGGAGUGGGUCAGACUGAAUUUGCGCCCCUUUACCCUGUCUUGUCGCUCCUCUCAUACAUGUGCAAGGCGCCUCUCGUCAAGCCUGGCACCGACGUCGUCAACAGCCUCGGCAGGCAGCGCAACGCGCUCGAGAGCUUCCUGAAAGCCUGCAUUGGCCUUGAAGGCAACAGCGACUUGCUCUUAGAGACUCGUAUCUGGUAGAUGCCUGGUUUCAACAACCACAACUGAAUGACGCUUAUCUUCACAUCGAUACACGUGGUCUUCAACUGAUCUC